GCCGCGCAUGCCCAUUACGCUCUUCUAAAGCUUCCACGUUUGUCUUCUCCGGUCUGUCUCCCACCAGAGAUGGCAGGAGGCGUGCGAAGAAAGAGUCCGGCUUCCCCAUCCCCAAUGUGGGGGAAGUUUCAGUCGCUGUGGCAGGACAAACAUUUAGUGUUGUUCAAGACGGAGUACACGUUACUAGUUGUUUCUGCGUUGUGGUUCCUGGAGAUCGGAAUCAACCUGUGGGUCAUACAGAAAGUAGCGUACACCGAGAUUGACUGGAAAGCUUACAUGGAUGAGGUGGAGGGGGUCAUAAACGGUACCUACGACUACACCCAGCUAAAAGGAGACACCGGCCCSUUGGUGUAUCCAGCUGGGUUUGUGUACAUCUUCACAGCUCUGUAUUACCUUACAAACCAUGGGGUGAACAUUAGGUUGGGCCAGUACAUUUUUGCAGGUUUCUACCUCGUUACACUGCUGCUUGUCUUCAGGAUUUACAACCGCACAAAGAAGGUUCCACCGUAUGUGUUCUUCUUUGUGUGUUGUGCCUCGUAUCGGAUCCACUCCAUCUUCGUGCUCCGUCUCUUUAACGAUCCGGUGGCUAUGAUGCUUCUGUUCGCAGCCGUCAACCUCUUCAUGGAUGGGUACUGGACCCUGGGCUGUGGCCUCUACAGUUUAGCAGUGUCUGUGAAAAUGAACGUGCUUCUUUUUGCCCCCGGGUUGCUUUUUCUUCUCCUGUGGGAGUUCGGUCUCAUCAGAACAAUCCCUAAACUUUCACUAUGUGCAGCCAUACAGCUUUUACUAGGCCUCCCUUUCCUCUUAGAGAACCCUGUUGGUUACAUGAGCCGGGCCUUUGAUCUCGGCCGCCAGUUCAUAUUCAAGUGGACGGUGAACUGGCGCUUCCUGCCCGAGUGGCUCUUCUUGAAUCGCUACUUUCACUUGGUGCUGCUGGCAGCUCACCUGCUCACCCUGCUGCUUUUUGCUUUCCGCCGCUGGAAAAGACCAGGAGAAAACAUCUUUGAACUCCUGAAAGAACCAAGCAAGAGGAAACUCCCYGUUCAGAGCAGCACUGUGGAUCAGAUAGUGUUGAUUCUGUUUACAUCCAACUUUAUAGGCAUGUGCUUCAGCCGCUCGUUGCACUAUCAAUUCUACGUGUGGUAUUUCCACACGCUGCCGUACCUGCUCUGGAGCGGAGGUGUGAAGAAACUGGCCCACCUGCUCAGAGUCCUGAUCCUAGGACUGAUUGAGCUUUCGUGGAACACCUAUCCAUCAACAAACGGCAGCUCUGCUGCUCUUCAUGUUUGUCACCUCAUCAUCCUCCUCUGUCUGUGGCUCGCUCCACCUCURCACUCAGCCCAGGCUGAGAAACGAGAACAUUCAGCCGUAAAGGACAAACGCCACUGAGCCACAGCCUGAUCUGAUYGGACAGGAAGCCCAAUCAGCUGCUGAACAGCCUCCAUUUUUCCUCCCUGUUUGACCCUGAUCCUUGCAGAGGGAGGUCUCUGGUCACAUGUUAUAGUGGAAAAAAGCAGCUUUUAUUGCUUCUUAUUUCUGAUCACUGCUUAAAGUGACAAAAGCUCAUCUGUUGGUGCGAACGGAUACCUGCACCAUGUGAUGGCUUGUAGCCGAGGCUUACAGUUGAAAAGAUGAGAAAUGAUUCUCAGGUUUGUUUAGGUACAUAACGGGAAGCACAUGUUUUGAAAAAAAAAAAAACGUCAUGUGCAUUACAAAAUCUAGCUUCUAUUUAAAACUAGCUGCAGUUAAUUGGCACACAGAUGAUCUUGUGUGUAUUCAGUAAACAGUAUGUUGACAUAGUUUGCCAAAGACUUAAGAGUUAAGUGCUGGAGUUUAAAUUGACUCGAUUUCCAAAUAUUUCUCCAUAUAUUUUUACAAAAUACUGUAAGUAAACAGUUGAUGGUUAAAGUUGUUUCUGUUGGAUUUGUAAUUAACUUAUGUGUGCUUUUGUAUGGGUCAAAGCAAGAUUUUCUAGACACUUAAAAUGUUAAAAAAAAAAAAAAACAGUGAACCGUAAAAACAGAAUUUUUAACAUUUUAAAUAUAUAUAUAUGUAUAUUUUUAGAGGAGCUGAGUGAUUGUAGUGAUCCCUUAAGUUUAGAAGGCUUUUUUUUAAAUAUUAUUGAACAGUAAUGGGUUAAAUAUCUGCUUUGAGGAUUAGUUUUCAGUCUUUGUUUAUUAGUAAGCAUAGACACCACUUAACUUUGACAAGUAGUCAAAUUGGCUUCCAGCAGGUUUUGUUUCCACAAUCAUUUUAUUAUGUAAGCAGUUCUUCCAUUAUUAUACUAAAUAAACAAUCUGAUCCUUCA